CCUUCACCGAUCACUAUUACCUGCAGCCAUGAUGGCAACCAUCCAAUCCGACCAGGUCAAGCAGCUCAAGGACAUCUUCAUGCGUUUCGACAUGGAUUCCGACGGCAGCCUCACUCAGCUAGAGCUCGCCGCACUUCUUCGUUCUCUCGGCCUCAAACCUUCCGGCGACCAAAUCCAUGUUCUGCUAUCCAACAUGGACUCAAACGGCAAUGGAUAUGUGGAGUUUGAUGAAUUGGUCAGCGCCAUUUUGCCUGACAUGAACGAACAAGUGUUGAUCAAUCAGGAUCAGUUAAUGCAGGUUUUUCAAUCAUUUGAUCGUGAUGGCAAUGGAUAUAUUACUGCCUCUGAGCUUGCAGGAUCCAUGGCUAAAAUGGGUCAACCUUUAAGUUAUCAAGAGCUAGCUGAGAUGAUGAAGGAGGCUGAUACAAAUGGAGAUGGAGUUAUUAGUUUCAAUGAGUUUGCAAAUAUCAUGGCAAAAUCUGCUGCUGAAUUUCUUGGUCUGGCCAUGCAACAAUAGCCAAAAAAAAAGUGGUCAGUUCCUUCUGAUCAAAAUACUAUUUCUCAAUAAGUUUCAGAAAUGCUGUGGAGGAAUCUGAAAUUAAUGGUGAUGGAGGUUUCAGGAUGAUCAUGGAUGAUGAUCCUUAAGACUUUUAUCUCCAAUGGGUUUCUAACAUUUGUUUGAUUUGUAUGUGUGUGUAUUAAUUGUGAGGUCUGGUCUUUCGUAGGAUUUGAUUGGAGGAGAGCUGUACGAUGAACCAUGUAAUGAAAUUUAGAUACACAGACAUCGAUCAUUCCACUUUGACACAACUUGUAUCAUGCUUAUUAUUCUUAGGUGGUUUGUAUUAAUUGACAUGAAAAUUGAACUUUUAACGUUCUAACAAUUUCAUUAUGAUUUUCCAGUUUCUUUGUUUCA